GCUCCAUCAGCAGCAGCUCUCAAACCUGCAAACAGAUCACAAACUCCACUGAGGGCGAGUUGCAGUUUGAUUCACAUUGAGACUUCAGUUAAUCUUCUGCUGUCACCAAUACCUCACCUCUUUCUGGAUUAAGCAGUCUCCGCUUCUACCUACGUGACCAUGAAGGCGCUGGGACAAUGGUACAUGAUCGCUUUGACUGCGGCAAUUCUGCAACUUGGGAGCUCAGAAUUGAUAACAUACGAUGAGAAGGAAGUGACUUUAAAUUGCCCAUUCAACUUCUCUAAAACUUCCUGGCACCGGUGGAAUACUGGUCAAAAAGAACCGAUCCGUUCCGGACCAACCCACCAGUUAUUGUUCCACAGGGGCAUCGCACAGGACCACGUCUAUUGUGAGCAUGAAGGAAAAAAACAUCAUUUUUAUAUCAACAUGAAAGUUUGUAAAGACUGCAUUAACCUCGACACGGGCACGGUGAUUGGGAUCAUUUGUGGAGAUAUGUUAUUUACCCUCUUGGUGGUCAUGGGCGUUUAUUGUUUUGCCAAGAAGCGAGGAGGAAACUCGAAAGAAUUCCGCCAUCCACAGUUUGAACCCAUGGAGACUCCGGCAGGUCGAAGUGCCAAUGUGACAGCUUCCCAUCAACAGUCUCAUUACGCGCCAAUCAAAAGUGGACAGCGAGAUGUUUAUGACAAAUUGCAGCGAUAAAUCUGAGUGAGGAGGGAGUGAAAAAUAGAUUUUUUGGAUCUCCUACAAAUCCUGGAUCUCCUAGACUUCCUGGAUCUCUUGGACCUCUUGGAUCUCCUUGAACUCCCAGAUAUCUCUCACUGUCCUCCCCACAAGUACCCAAAAAUAUAAACCCAAAUCUGUCUUAAA